AUGAGUUCAGACAAACUGACGUACAGUGGCUUGGGCGGGCCCGUGCAAGUGGACCGGCGGUUCCGUGUGCGCCCGGCGGGGCUUCAGGCCGUGUGCGCUGCCGCAGUCGCCCUAGUCGUCUCGGUGCUGAUGGCGGUGCUGCUGGUGCAGAACUGGCAACUCAAGCAGCUGGUGUCUGUGAAUGACGAGCGAAUCGCUUUUUUGGAAGCAAUAGUCCACACAGAGAACACAGAGUCUACCGACGGCCUGUUCCGCCCCGGGCCGCUCCGUCCUGCAGCAGACGGACAAGAGAGCGGGGGCCGGCCGCCGGUCCUGUUUGAUCCCACCGGCCGCCGCAGGGCGAAGAGAGCCGCCAACUCUCUCACUCUGCCGUCAGCAGACGGGCCGGAGAGCGGGGCCCGGCCGCCCGUCCUGUCUGAUCCCACCGGCCGCCGCAGGGCGAAGAGAGCGGCCGACUCGACAACUCCGGCAGUCAGACCCGGAAGCUGUGUGCAGGGGCCUCCAGGCAGAGACGGUCUGACAGGACAAGCUGGAGCAAACGGACAGGAUGGUCGUGACGGGCUGCCUGGCAGAGACGGUCGUGAUGGACCCACGGGGCCACCGGGACCCCCUGGCCCAUCGGGACCUCCUGGCCCACAUGGGCCAUCCAGCCUACCUGGGCCACCUGGCCCAAGGGGAUUCAACGGAACGAACGGCCGCGACGGAGUCCCUGGCCCGCCCGGCAGAGCCGGUCCUGUCGGCAAACCCGGCCCCGCUGGCCCACCCGGUUCUACUGGCCCGUCCGGUCCUACUGGCUCACCUGGUUCCGCUGGCCCACCCGGGACCUGUGACUGUUUUAACAGCCCAGCAAGAGAUUGUGACGAGCUGUAUAACGCAGCCUAUCGCAUCAGCGGUGUCUACACCAUCCAACCCGUCAGGUCCAGGGACCCGUUCUUGGUCUACUGUGAGAUGGAAGACGGAACCGGCGGCUGGACAGUUAUCCAAAAACGCUUCAACGGUUCUGUAGAUUUCGCCAGAGACUGGCAAACUUACAAAGAGGGCUUUGGCAGUCGUAGCGGAGAAUUUUGGUUAGGAAACGAUAAGAUAUAUCAACUCACUAAUGCUAAGAGCUACCUUUUGAGAAUCGAUCUUGAAAAUUGGGCCUCGGAUACAGUGUACGCCGAAUACGAUAGCUUCUAUAUCGAGGAUGAAGCUGCAAAGUACCGUCUACAUGUUGGCACAUAUAGCGGCACUGCUGGGGAUGGUGGGAAAGGCUUAAGCUACCACGAUGGUAGAAAAUUUUCGACACACGACCAGGAUAAUGACAGUCAUGCUACUAACUGCGCAGCUGAUCAUGGUCGUGGUGGUUGGUGGUAUGGCGGUUGUGACACCGUUAACCUUAACCAGCCGUACAAGCAUGGCGGUGGGGGGAGUGAGUCGCACGGUAUAGAAUGGGAAGCUUGGACAGCUCACAAAUACUCCAUCAAGUCGUCUGUCAUGAAGAUCAGACCUAACUGAAUCUCGAGCUCCAUACAAAAAACCCUAACCUAGAAGAUAUUGAAAGAAAAAUUGAAUUAAUUCUCGAGCUUCAUACCAAUUGAAAACUUGACCUAAUUGAGCCUUAGCUGUGUCUUUAUCAUCUUUGUAUGCAAGCGGGGGGCCCAUAUUCAUAUGAAUACGGUCGUCGCCUUUCCAGACGGUCGUCGCCUUUUCAAACGGUCGUCGCCUUUUCAGACGGUCGUCGCAAUAUCGCUGACUAGUCUUUUCAUAUCCGAGCGUAAUAUAGUUUCUGGAGGAGCUGAAAAGAAGCAAAUGUAUUUAAAGCAACAUUUAAAUUACAAAUGUACGACAGUAUUGUAUCGGUGAAAAAAUUAUCAAAAAGGAAAGUGCAUUAUAAUAACACGGGUUCGAACCAGAAUCAAAAGGUCUAAACCCUAAUCCCAUAUCAACUGCGCCAGGAAGCAUCACGGGGUGACCAGAGUGUGCUAAUAUACAUACGACAGCCGUUUUGAAGGGCGAGGACAGUUUACGAGACAGAAAUCAGCUCCGGCCACCCGUAAAAGUUGAGAGGGAUCAGAAUCAUCUUUAUUGAGUCUUAGACAUACAAAUACAAGAUGAAAGACGAUUAAAAUACCUAGGUCAGCCCUUUUUCUGGACUUCAAGUCCAACGUCCAGGGGGCGCAAGGUAAGACAUAUUUAAAAACAUGUAACGAUUGUCGCGGAUUAUUCAUCUAUUUUGGGUAUGACGCACAGGAGAAGGUAUCCACACACAAACAUCAUCGUAACACACACGGGUAUACCGGGAAUGCACACACACACACACAAUCGCUUUGCUCGGCCAGCUUUGAAUGUACCAUAAAAAACGCCUACAAAAAAAAGUGAAAUGCAUACAGCAUUUUGCCCUAUUGACCAUUAUAAUUCUCCACUCUGGAAUGUUGCAGCGCCACAAAAAUAUCACCAUGAGUGUUUUUUAACACUCUGUUUCAAGGACCAGGUUUGGCCAUUGCCAGAACUACUGAACUUUGUGCCACAGUUUUCAUACUCAAUUUUCAUAUUAAAACAAUAACACCACAGCCCAGUCACAGUUUGUCUACAUUUUACAUCACAAAUAUAUAUAUAUCAUUAUACUUACAAAUAUAUAUCAUUAUCCUCCUUGGUCCAUCAUCUUCGAACUCUACACUCAAAUUCAAGUCCUGAAUUCCUAACCUCCCAAAAUAGACUGAUCAACACGAUAUAAACUAAAGCCGGAUUCACAAAUGCGUAUAUAUUCAAGUCCGGUUGAGGUCCGUAUGGAAUUGUUAGCCUCUACCAGGCUCCUCAGAAUGCUGGAAAAAUUGUGGAAAUUGGAAAAAAUAUAGACAUACAAUAUGCCAGUGGAGUUAGUUGUCCGAGGAGUAUGGUUUGCAUCCAGCUAACUCCGAUGGCAUGUUAUCUGGUUUUAUCUGUCAAAUUCCCAUUAUUUUUCCAGCGACCUGUGGAGCCUGGCAGAGGCUAAAAAUUCCAUAUGGACCUCAAACAGACUUGAAUAUAUACGCACAUGUGAACCCACCUUAAGAUCUGGCUGAGUACAAGCAUUCUACAAAGGUGGUGUUGUCGCAGUAAUUCAAUUUUAACUCCAGUCACAACCAUUAUA